AUGAUACUUCCGCAGGGAUCACUCUUCUUUGCGGGCUUGGUCGCCUGUUCGACCGCCGUGGCUGCUGCGAGCGACGGCUCGACACGACCCCGAGGAGUCGGCCCGGAAUUCGCGAAGUUCUACAAGGACACCACUACUUUCAAUUGUAUCUCUCAACCGGCCAUCCAGAUCCCCUUUUCGUCAGUGAACGACGACUUCUGCGACUGUCCGGACGGAAGUGACGAGCCGGGAACCUCUGCCUGUUCUCACCUGUCCCGGAACACCGUGCUGACGGUCGCUGAUCGCCCUGGAAACAGUGAGCUGGAGCUCACGUUAUCUCUGCCGGGAUUCUACUGCAAGAACAAGGGCCACAAGCCCUCCUACGUCCCCUUCCAACGAGUCAAUGAUGGCAUCUGUGACUAUGAGCAGUGCUGCGAUGGCAGUGACGAGUGGGCCCGCGUUGGCGGCACCAAGUGCGAAGACCGGUGCAAGGAGAUUGGCAAGGCGUGGCGGAAGAAGGACGAGCAGCGCCAGAAAUCUAUGACCGCCGCGUUAAAGAAGAAGCGAGAUCUUCUGGUGGACGCUGGCCGGCAACAGAAAGAGGUCGAGGAUGCGAUCAAAAUCCUCGAGGCCGAGCUUCAGGGCGAGGAGAUCAAGGUCAAGAACCUGGAGGCGGAUCUGGAGAGGAUCGAGACCGAGGAACGCAGCAAGGUGGUUAAGGGCAAAAAGACGGGCAAGGUGAAUGUGCUGGCUGAGCUGGCGAAAGGCCGCGUCGAGGAACUCCGCAAUGCCCUGGGUGAAGUCCGCAAGGAGAGGGAUGAGACUCGUUCCCGAGUAAAGGAACUUGAGGAGAUUCUCUCCAAGUUCAAGGUCGAAUAUAACCCCAACUUCAAUGACGAGGGUGUCAAGCGCGCUGUGCGGAGCUGGGAAGACUACGCCGUCCGCGGCACGUCGGAGAGCCUUGAGAAUGGCGCUCGGGAACGAGAUCUGGAUGAGAUCGCGAAGCCCGACGAUGACCAGUCUGGUAUUAACUGGGAGCACUGGGAGAACGAGGAUGAUGCGUGUGAAGUCGAUACUAUCUACAAGCUCGCUGCCUACCUCCCACCUUCUGUCGUUAGCUUCGUGGAGGACAAGGUGACUGCCAUCCGAAGUUACCUCCAAGAAAACGGCAUCGUGGCCAAGGGACCCGAGGGCUCCGCCUCCGAGUCCAAAGCCGUGGCGGAGGCUCGUGACGCCUUCAAUGCCGCCCAGAAAACCGUUGAAGAUUUGCAAUCCAAGAUCAAGGACCACCAGGCCGACCUGGACACGGACUACGGUACAGCCUCCAUCUUCCGUGCCCUCAAGGGGGUCUGCAUUUCCAAGGACGCGGGCGAGUACACGUACGAGCACUGCUUCCUGGACCAGACGAAGCAGAACUCGAAGAAGGGCGGCUCGUCAUUGCGCAUGGGGCGAUUCGUUCGCAUCGGCACCGUUGCCGUCGAUGAACUCACCGAGUCGGGCGACAUCGUGGCUCAGGACAGGGUCUCCCUCGAGUAUACCAACGGACAAGCCUGCUGGAAUGGCCCGGCACGGUCCACCACCGUCAUCUUGGAAUGUGGGGAGGAGAAUGAGAUCCUGAAGAUCGCCGAGGAUGAGAAGUGCGUCUAUUCCAUGCUUGUCACCACCCCGGCCGUCUGUCCCGGAGGCGAGGAGGGAAACAACGAGGCUCCACGAGCCAAGGAUGAGCUAUGA